AGGACCAGGAUGUGACGUAAUAACCGCGCGCUGCCCCCAGCGGUGCCCUCAAGGUCGCUUUGCAGAGCUGGAGAGCGCUUAAGUAAGGAGGCCCUAGUUUGAGGGCGCUCUGUGUCCUUUUGCCUUAAUACCAGCGGCGACAUGUCGGGGUACACUCCGGAUGAGAAACUGCGGCAGCAGCAGCUGCGAGCGCUGAGAAGGCAAUGGCUAAAGGACCAGGAGCUGAGCCCUCGGGAGCCGGUGCUGCCCCCAGAGGCGACGUGGCCUAUGGACAGAUUCUGGGAUAAGUUUUUGGCAAAUAAGUCCCCUUGGAGGAACAUGGUCUAUAAGGUAUACCGAAAGAGUAUGUUUAUUUUUACUUGUGUACUUAUUCCUGCCUGGAUUGUUCAUUAUUACGUGAAAUAUCAUGUGGCUACAAAACCAUAUGCCAUCGUUCAGUCGAAGCCCAGAAUAUUCCCAGGUGAUACAAUUGUGGAGACUGGAGAAGUAAUUCCACCAAUGAAAGAAUUUCCUGAUCAACAUCAUUAAAGAUUAUGUAAAAAUUUAAAAGGCUUAUGAGCCUAAGUUUGUUCCUACAUUACCGUAUUUACUGAAUUAUCUGGAAGAGUGACUUAAUAAAGUUUAAUCUCAGAAAUUGUCAUACCUCUUUUCAAGCACUGUACAAUUUGAGACUGAGUAAUUUAACAAUAAAUAAAAACUAAACAUGCUAAACAAA